UUUGAAAAACCCGACAAAAUACAAUCUCGUGAUUACAAGCAUCUCACAUUCCGUUGGACGCCGUCCACCGUUGUCGGUCCUGCGUGUUGUUCUCAGGCAAGCAGUGAAAAACGUUCGAACCCUAGGGUUCUUUCUACUCCCAAAAUCUGGUGAGAUUGAUUUGUUCAAUCUGGCUUGGAAUCUAGAUUUGAAUUUGUUCCCCGCGUCCUCUGUUCCCUGCGUGGUUGUUCCAUCUGGCACAGAUGUUGGUGUUCCGGCCAAGGUCCCUUAAAUAUAUAGAAUCUUUCACAAAAAUUUCUACAUCCAGAUGGCCUUUUACACUUCAUUUUUAUUGCUCGGAUUCACCUUCCAAGAAAUCCAAACUCGCUCCUCUGCAGGAGAGAAGAAUGAUAGAUAGGUUCAAGAUAUUUGCCAAAGGGGGUGAUGGUGGUAAUGGCUGCUCUAGCUUUCGGCGUAGCCGUCAUGAUCGCAAAGGGAGACCUGAUGGAGGAGGUGGUGGAAGAGGAGGUGAUGUGAUUUUGGAAUGCUCCCCCAAAGUUUGGGACUUCAGUGGCUUGCAACACCACCUGAUAGCAGAGAGAGGUGGACAAGGAGCAUCAAAGAAUAUGAUAGGAACUAGAGGGGCUGAUAAAGUUGUCCAUGUACCAGUUGGCACUGUGCUUCAUCUCGUCAAAGGUGAUAUUCCUUCCACAGUGAAAAUUCAAUCUUCAACAGAUGCUGAUCCUUGGGAUAUUCCUGGUGCACUUGUUGAUGAUCUUUCUGACCUUGGUGAUGGUUUGACCCUUAAUGCCACAAGUGGCAAAGAGGAAAUCAAAGCAGAUCAGCCUACUGGCAGCUCUUCAUCAACUGAUGCAUCAUGCAGAACUUCCAAAUUGGCAACAGUAACUGAAGGAGAACAACAGAUUCUAUGCAAUGUGGCUGAAUUAACAGAAGAAGGUCAACAAAUUAUUAUUGCUCGUGGAGGAGAGGGUGGUCUGGGUAACAUUUCUGCUUCCAAAGAUUCCAGGAAGUCCCUGAUAGUUAAGGCAGCCGGUAAAGACAAAGCAUCAAAUCUCCAGAAUUCUGAUGAUGAUAGCUCAUCCAUUAGUGCUGGUUUGCCUGGUUCUGAGACAGUUCUUAUAUUAGAACUCAAGAGCAUUGCUGAUGUGAGCUUUGUGGGAAUGCCUAAUGCUGGUAAAAGCACUCUACUUGGAGCCAUAUCAAGGGCUAAGCCUACUGUUGGUCAUUAUGCCUUCACAACCCUUAGGCCCAACUUAGGGAAUCUAAACUAUGAUGACUUAUCAAUUACAGUGGCUGACAUACCAGGACUCAUCAAGGGUGCUCACCAAAACCGCGGUCUUGGACAUGCAUUUCUGCGACAUAUAGAACGCACUAAGGUUCUGGCUUAUGUAGUAGACUUGGCUGCUGCUUUAGAUGCACGAAAAGGAAUUCCACCAUGGGUACAGUUGAAAGAUUUGAUUUUAGAGCUCGAGUACCAUCAGGAGGGCUUAUCCAACAGGCCAUCGUUGGUGGUGGCAAACAAGAUUGAUGAGGAAGGGGCAGAGGAAGUGUAUGAAGAGUUGCAGAGGAGAGUGAAAGAUGUUCCCAUAUUUCCUGUGUGCGCUGUUUUGGAGGAAGGAAUACCAGAGCUCAAAGACGGUCUUAGGAUGCUUGUUAAUGGUGAAAAGUCAUGCAGGCUUUGCUUAGAUAAAAUUUUGCUCCAUUAGAUGGUUAUAAUUUAUAAACAA